CGGCCCCCAACCCGGCCACGGGGACCGGAAGCAGCUUCCAAUCCGGCGCUUCCCCGGCGUCUUCCGGAUAACGCGGGGUCGCUCUUCUCGGUCGGGAGGUCUCGACCCUAGAGUCUGUCCCGGCCCAGUAUCAUCCGGUCUGCUGCUCCUUCUCUGCCCUGGGACCCCGGCCUCCGGCCUCUUGACCAAGCAGCACCGUGGUCCAAAUGUCUGCAAAGCUGAGCAAGGCAUCACUCCUUCCACAAACUGCAGAGGAGUCUGACAGCAUUCUGAUAGUGAAGAUGGAAGAGGAAGAGCAGGCCUGUGAUCUGGACUCCAGCCUCCCCUGGAGCACCUCCUGCAGCCCAGAGACCUUCCGCCAGGGUUUCAGGCGGUUUAGCUGCUCUGAUUCCGCGGGGCCCCGGGAGGCCCUGAGCCGGCUCCGGGAGCUUUGCCAUCAGUGGCUGAGGCCGGAGGUGAACUCCAAGGAGCAGAUCCUGGAGCUGCUGGUGCUGGAGCAGUUUCUGAGCAUCCUGCCUGAGGAGCUGCAGAUUUGGGUUCAGCAACAUAGUCCAAAAAGCGGCGAGGAAGCUGUGACCCUGUUGGAGGAGCUGGAGAAAGAACUUGAUGAGCCAGCUGAGCAGGUCUGUUUUGGACAAAAUAAGGACAUGCCUGCAGAGAAGCUGACAGCCGGGAAAAUCACUCAGGAGCCCCCACGUAGCCAGAUCAAGCCCGGAAAGCAGCCGCUGCCAUGGGUGUCCCCGGAGUUUCGCUCAAGGCAAAAAGCUAAAGACACGAAAACUAUAAAUGUGAAUUCAGCUUUGACACAAAAGACUUCUCCAGGCAUGGAGCUGCAUUACACCGUUUCUAACACCCUUCCUGUGGAUGCUUCCCAGAGUUGCACGUAUAGAAGAGGCAGUGAACAAGAUGGCAAGUUUGAAAGAAGACAGAGAAACCCUUUCGGCAAAAAACAACACAAGUGUGACGAAUGUGGCAAAGUCUUCAGUCAGAGCUCAGCCCUUAUCCUCCAUCAGAGAAUCCACAGUGGGGAGAAACCUUACGCAUGUGAUGUGUGCGCAAAGGCUUUCAGCCGGAGUGCUGUCCUGAUUCAGCAUCGAAGAACGCAUACUGGGGAAAAACCCUACAAGUGUCAUGAAUGUGGCAAAGCCUUUAGUCAGAGCUCGAAUCUUCUCAGACAUAGGAAAAGACACACGAAAGAAAAAGUCCCAUCAGUGUUACAGGCAAGAGAGCUCCCCAGCUCCAGGAAUGACAUCCAGGGCCAAGUCAGGAAGAAAGAGGAAUUGGAGCUCCAGCCAUGGCCAGCUCCUUUGCUAGGAAAAGUAAAAGCUUUCCACGAAACUCCAACAAAAUUCUGCUUAUGUUUCCUUGUUGCAAAUGUGUUUGCGGAACACAGAACUCUGGGCUAUCCAGGGAGGCGCGAGGCCAAGCGCAGCCUCAAAGCGGUCAUUGUCGUCGGGCCGCCCCUCCCCCUCCCGGAGUGCAUCUCCAUGGCAACGCGGGGCUUCUCCUCUCCCCGCCUCCUGGGACCCGCAGACCGGAAGCAGUCCGCGCCGGGGGCUUCUGGGAAACGGCUUGUGAGCGGCGUUUCUGCGUCUGCUUUGGACAGCGAAGCUGCUGCGGAUCCUGAGGUGGAGGCCUGGCGUCUCGCGGAGGGUUCUGGGACUCGUUUUGGGCGGAGGUGGGAGGGGGCGGGCCUUGCGCGGAGGCUGCCGGGGCUUGUAGUUGCGCCGGACGCAGGCGGAAGUGCCGUAGCCCGGGCGCUGUUGGGGCAGUGUGGCCUUUGGUCGUCUGAAAUCAGCCGGCGGGAGUGCAGGGAAGGGGGACUGGAGGACGCCGGGGCAGGGCGGGGUUUGCAGCGGAACUCCGCGGGAGUGAGGCGAGAUCACCUGGGACGCGGCUCCCCGCCCAAACGCUAUGAAGAGGAAAAAAUUCUGAGAGUGAAGUUGGAGGAGGAUCCUGAUGGUGAAGAGGGAUCAAGCAUCCCUUGGAACCAUCUUCCUGAUCCAGAGGUUUUCCGACAGCGAUUCAGGCAGUUUGGAUACCAGGAUUCACCUGGGCCCCGUGAAGCUGUGAGUCAGCUUCGAGAACUUUGCCGUCUAUGGCUCAGGCCAGAGACACACACAAAAGAACAAAUUUUGGAGCUGGUAGUGCUGGAGCAGUUUGUUGCCAUCCUACCCAAGGAAUUGCAGACUUGGGUUCGAGAGCAUCAUCCAGAGAAUGGAGAGGAGGCAGUGACAGUGCUGGAGGAUUUAGAGAGUGAGCUCGAUGACCCUGGACAGCCGGUGUCUCUCCGUCGACGAAAACGGGAAGUUCUGGUAGAGGAGAUAGUUUCUCAAGAAGAGGCUCAGGGAUUACCAAAUUCUGAGCUUGAUGCUGUGGAGAACCAGCUCAAGUGGGCAUCCUGGGAGCUCCAUUCCCUAAGGCACUGUGACGAUGAUGGUAGGACUGAAAAUGGAGCACUAGCUCCAAAGCAGGAGAUUCCUUCAGCAGUAGAAUCUCAUGAAGUUCCUGGCACUCUCAAUAUAGGUGUUCCUCAAAUUUUUAAGUAUGGAGAAGCCUGUUUCCCCAAGGGCAGAUUUGAAAGAAAGAGAAAUCCCUCUCGAAAGAAACAACAUAUAUGUGAUGAAUGUGGAAAACACUUCAGUCAGGGCUCAGCCCUCAUUCUUCAUCAAAGAAUCCACAGUGGGGAGAAACCCUAUGGAUGUGUUGAAUGUGGGAAAGCAUUCAGCAGAAGUUCUAUCCUUGUGCAACAUCAGAGAGUCCAUACUGGAGAAAAACCUUACAAAUGUCUUGAAUGUGGAAAAGCCUUUAGCCAGAAUUCUGGGCUCAUUAAUCAUCAGAGAAUCCAUACUGGGGAGAAACCUUACGAAUGCGUUCAGUGUGGGAAAUCUUAUAGUCAAAGCUCAAAUCUUUUUAGACAUCAGCGAAGACACAAUGCAGAGAAACUUCUGAAUGUUCUGACCCAUCCCAGCUGUAGCGAGCGACCUGGUCAGCCAGCGACAGGUCCCUUGCUGCCCUAUCUGCCGGUUCUUGACGUGAAUGUCGAAACAUCUUUCGGGAAAGCUCUUUGGGGCAGGCCUCUGCGCCCCACGCCGGCCACAGAGCUGCAGUCCUCCGGGCUUCCUAGAGGGACGCGCCCGCCCGCACUUCCGGCGCGCGCGGCCGGAGGCCGUUCUGCUCCCUCCUGGAGUCCGUGCGGCAGCCGGCCGAGCGAAGGAAUCAGAAUUCAGAAGGAAUCUCUUAGACACAGACUUCAUUCCUUCCCUGACGCAACUGGGCAGCAUUUUCUGCCCAGAAUGUCAGGAAAAGCUGCAGGCCUGGCCUACCAUGCUCCAAAAGAACAAGAAGGAUUUGUAAUUGUGAAGGUUGAAGAAGAGAAUUAUGUUUGGGGGCAGGACCUUGGCCUUCAGGGAGGCCCCUGCAGCCCAGAGACCUUCCGCCAGCGUUUCAGGCGGUUUGGCUGCUCUGAUUCCACGGGGCCCCGGGAGGCCCUGAGCCGGCUCCGAGAGCUUUGCCAUCAGUGGCUGAGGCCAGAGGUGAACUCCAAGGAGCAGAUCCUGGAGCUGCUUGUGCUGGAGCAGUUUCUGAGCAUCCUGCCUGAGGAGCUGCAGGCCUGGCUGCGAGAGCACCAGCCCGAGAACGGAGAGGAAGCCGUGAUUCUGUUGGAAGAGCUGGAGAAAGAGCUUGAUGAGCCAAGGAAACAGGACACAGCUCAUGGAAUGAUCUGGAAGGAAAUGACAUCCAUAGGAGCACUGAAGUCUCUGAGUAUACAGCUCCAGCCCUUGGAGAAUCAGUGCAAGAGUGAGACUCAGGAGCCCCAGACUUCCCACGAGAGAGAUGGCAAGCUGGCGGCUGACAGAGUAUUAACAACAAAGCAAGAAAUUAUGGAAUGUGUAGCAUCAGCAGCCAUGAUAUCCCCAGGAAGACUCCCUGGGGAAACUCCUUCAGGACAGAUAGUUGAAGAAGCUUUCAGAGGUCUGGACAACUUUGAGAAGCCAAAAGGAACUGCUGCAAGGAGCAAAAUGAGUCCACUCCCUUCCCAGGAAAGACAUCUUAGUCUGGCAACCUUCAACAAGAAAAUCUCCACUGAAGAGUGUGUCCUUGAAUGUAACAAGAGUGAAAGGACUCUGAGUGUGAAUUCAAAUGUCUUGACACGACAGAGAAUUCAUGCGGGAGGAAAGGUCUACGAGUGCUUGGACUGUGGGAAAGCCUUUUGCCAGAGCUCAAAGCUGAUUAGACAUCAGAGAAUUCACACUGGAGAGAGGCCUUAUGCAUGUAAAGAGUGUGGCAAAGCUUUUAGUUUGAGCUCGGACCUUGUUAGACAUCAGAGGAUUCAUAGUGGUGAAAAACCCUAUGAAUGUUGUGAAUGUGGAAAAGCUUUCCGGGGCAGCUCAGAGCUCAUUAGACAUCGGAGAAUUCACACCGGAGAGAAACCCUAUGAAUGUGGUGAAUGUGGGAAAGCCUUCAGCCGAAGCUCAGCCCUCAUUCAGCACAAGAAAAUUCACACUGGAGACAAAGGCUAUGAGUGUACUGAAUGUGGUAAGGCUUUUGGUAGAAGCUCUGUCCUUAUUGAACAUCAAAGAAUUCACACUGGAGAAAAACCUUAUGAGUGUAACGAAUGUGGAAAAUCCUUCAAUCAGAGUUCAGCCCUUACACAGCACCAGAGAAUCCACACUGGGGAGAAGCCUUAUGAAUGUAGCGAAUGUAGGAAAACAUUUAGGCACAGGUCAGGCCUUAUGCAGCACCAGAGAACUCACACCAGAGUUUAACUCUUGGGUAAGGAUUGUACAAUUGUGUAAUACCAGGGAUUUACUUUGGUGGUGAGAUUCCCACCGAAGUGAGAAGUUUCCCAGGAGCAGAGUUUCUGUCCUUCCAGUCUAAGUCAGUACUUGCUGUACAAGGAGAUCCACACAAAGAUGGUUGUUGAUGUGUUGAAUGGGCACUUUCACAGUAAAGCCAGGUUUGGGGCAAAGAUCCUGAAAGAACUCCUUAUAAGAUGGACUGAGAGGCGGUGCCUCCAAUGGCAAGGAUCUCUGUCCAGCAAGAACAGCAUGCAUUUGGCUGUUGGAGGCAUAUGCUGAGAGUCACUUGGUUCUCUGAAGUGUUCAAUUAUGAGGUUGUGAAAUGUUGAAUUAUGCUCUGGAUCAGUUUAUAGUUCACUCUGCCCCCUUGCCAGUUCUCUUCUCAGCCCUGAGCUUCCUGAGGUCAAUUGAGGUCUGUUUAUUGUGCACCUGCUAUGUGACAGUCAUCAGGGGCAGGCAUAGCCAUUGCCCUCCCAGAGUUAAGGGCUAAUGGGAUACAUAUAUACUUAUUAAGCAGGUAAUUACAGUAAAGUGUGAUAAGUAGAAUAAUCUAGGAUUCUGUCAAAAUACGUGGCAGGGCCAUCUAACCUGGUCUACAAGACACUAAAGGCUUCUUGGAUGUGAUGAAAUCUCUUGGGGGAUAAAGGGUGGGUAUAAGCCAAGUCAAGGCAAGAGGGAAGAGAACAUUAUAGACAGAGGUUAUAGCACAUACAAAGGCAUGGAGAGAGGAUCUACAGAUGUCUCUUCAUCAGGACUCCUCCGGCAGGAAUUUGUUCAUGUAGACUCUGGUUCAGAAGCGAGGACAUGUGUUGGUUCCUCACUUCCUGUUUAUAAUCAGUGAGUUGGAUAGCCUAUCCCAGAUCCAGAGUUACUUAAGAGACCUUGAGGGACUCAGGACAAUUAGUGUGAUGGUAGACUUUGGUGCAUCUUAUGGAAAAAGACAUGUAGGUACACCAAGGAAAGAAAAGGUAUUGGAGGCUAGAGGGACAGUGUUGGUGUCCCAUAACCCUAGGGCUCAGGAAAUGGGAAGCUGACAGGAGCACAGGAGUGGGAGGUCUGCCUUCCCAGGAUCCACUAUUCCUCAUUUCCUGUCUCCUCCUCUUAUCGUCAGGCUCGAAGAUACUAAGCUACUUAAAGGCAAUGAAUACUUAUUGAAUUACCCCCUUAGAUUACUCAAAACUCUACUUCUCUGCUAAUUUUUAUUUCAGCAGUUUUAAUUAACCCACCAUUAAUUGCUGAAGGCAAUUCAUAUGUAAGAGAAGGUUUGAUUUCCCUUCUGAAUACUGUCUCUUUUGAAGACCUGGUGAUCAAAGCUGUUGUGGGUAAUAGGGGAGGUGAAGUUGGGCGUGACGGUGGGGGGGGGCAGUCUCUGUAUCCAUAGGUUGGAGGAUUUUCAUUGAGUGAGGUCAGUUGGAAUUCUGGAGAGACCCUUCAAAUGGAUGAAGUUGCCUUUUCCUCUAGGUGACAAUCGGAUGAUUUCAUGUUUUUAAUUUUAUUUAAUAGGUUUUUUUUCCAGGUUGUGAAUUAAUUGUAAAUAUUGAUAAUAUAGAAAAUGAGAAAGUAGAAGUCACCCUCAAUCCCACCACCCACAAAAACAUUGUUAAUAUUUUGCAGUUCUAUUAUUUUUUUCUUUCUUUCCCCAACCCUAGUAUUUUUUGGUAAAAGUCAUGUUUGGUAAAUCAUUUUUAGUAACUGAUUUUAACAUUUAUACUUUGAGUAUAUACUUAAACUGUUUAGUAUUAGAAUGUAAUACAAGAUGUAUUAUAAUAAAAUUUGAAUCUCAAGUUUUGCUUUGAAAUGCUUUGUUCAGGAAUAGGGAGCCUAGUAACACAAGUGGAGGUGUGCUGGGAGAAAGAGGGAGGGAAUUGUGGCAAGAAAUCAGGGAGUGGGUGUGCUUGGCUUUUAUUUCCUGGUUCAGGUGUCUGGAAACAUAGCUAGUCCCUUGGGCUACAGUUCACCAGGUGAAGUCCCAAAAUCUAGGGGCAGCUGGCUGAGAAAUCAUGGGAAGGAGAACGAAUAGCCUCUUUAAACACAUACACAUUGUGUUUCUCCCCCACCCCCCACCCCGCAGGAGCAAGAGCCUGAGACUGCCAUGGACUUCCCCUCCUCUCUCAGCAGGUCCUCAUUGAAACGUGCAGAAAAACCCUAAGACCCUUUAGAUUUGUGAUCAUUUGCACCAGUUAACAAGACAGCUGCAGAUGAUAGUUACUGAGUAGCAAUGUCUGGUUCUGACCCAUCAGAAAGCAGGGUCUGCCCACAGGGCUCACCCUUCCUUGCAGAAAUGCUCUCCAGGUCAGUUUCUUCUGCAUGGGAAAUAGUCUUAAUUGGCAAUCCCUCUUACUUGGAGGAUUCACUUAAUGGGGCAAGAGAAGCAAAGGAUUUCACAAGGGAACUUGGAGAUACCAAGGUCAGAUUUGCUUAAAUUUCCAAUCUCCAGCUGGACAAUUAAUUGCAGGAAAUGAGGAGGGAGAAGGCGAGAGGUAGGAAAGUGAUAGUAAGCACCCUGCCUAAAUUGCACAUCUUAUUUAAAAUCACCUUUGAGGGCGCCUGGGUGGCUCAGUCGUUAAGUGUCUGCCUUCGGCUCAGGUC